AAUGACGGUGGGCUUCAGUACCGAGUUCCGUUGCCAAUGGUAGCGGCAUAGGGCUGGGCGCGGCUGACAGGGGUCCCAUAGCAACAGCGGGGGCGAGGAUGGAGAGAGCGAGGGGCCGCAGCGCGCCCGGCGGGGACAGAAUCUUUGAGGAUGAAAGCAUGAAACUACGACAACUGAGACUAGAAAAUCAGAGAGCUCUUCUGGAGAAGAAGCAGAGGAAGAAACGUCUUGAUCCCUUGAUGGUACAGCCAAAUCCUGAGGCAAAGCUGCGCAAGUCAAAGCCCAAAGGGUGUGAGGAGCAGACUCCUUUAGUAGAAAACCCAACUCCUUUCCACAAUGAUGUUACCUUACAUGGCAUUGAUGGGCCAGCUGCUUUCCUGAAAUCAGAAGUGCAAGAUUUAGAGACCAAAUUCCAAACUCUCUCUGCUGAGUCUUCCAUAACAGAAGACAAUGCAGAUCAGGAAAAUGAUGGAGAGACUCUAACAGAAACAGCAGCCAAACCAGAUCUGCAAGAAAUCUUACAGAAAAGAGGAAUUUCAGGCAGUUUGAAUUUUGAUGAGGAAGACACAGAAGACGAUGAAGAAAGUAGUAAGAGACCAGCAUCUCAUUCACCAUAUCCUGAAUCUGAGAGGCCUCAUUCUGCAACCAGCCUUAAAUCUUCUGCAGAAACAGGUGCUUCCUGUACUUCAUCCUCUCAGGCAGAUGCACAGCUAGGAGAAGUAGAGAACUUGGAAGAUUUUGCAUUACGCCCCGCACCCCGUGGUAUUACAAUAAAAUGUCGAAUCACUAGAGAUAAGAAGGGAAUGGACCGGGGCUUCUUCCCUACUUAUUACAUGCAUCUGGAAAGGGAUGACAACAGAAAGACAUUCCUUCUUGCAGGGCGAAAGCGGAAAAAGAGCAAAACAUCCAAUUACCUCAUAUCUAUUGACCCAACUGACUUAUCUCGGGAAGGGGAAAGUUUUAUUGGAAAACUCAGAUCAAACCUCAUGGGAACUAAAUUUACAGUCUAUGAUCAUGGAGUCAGCCCAGUCAAGGCACAAGAUCUAGUGGAAAAGGCUCAUACUCGACAGGAGCUUGCAGCCAUUUGUUAUGAAACGAAUGUGUUAGGAUUCAAGGGUCCCAGGAAAAUGUCUGUGAUUAUUCCAGGAAUGAACAUGAAUCAUAAGCGAAUUCCAAUCCAGCCACGAAAUGAACAUGAGAGUCUGCUAUCAAAGUGGCAAAACAAAAACCUGGAGAACCUCAUUGAGCUACACAACAAAGCUCCAGUCUGGAAUGAUGAUACUCAAUCCUAUGUUUUGAACUUUCAUGGGAGAGUCACUCAGGCCUCAGUGAAGAACUUCCAGAUUGUCCAUGACAAUGACCCUGACUACAUUGUGAUGCAGUUUGGUCGUGUAGCAGAAGAUGUGUUCACUCUGGACUAUAAUUAUCCUCUCUGUGCUCUCCAGGCCUUUGCUAUUGGACUUUCCAGCUUUGAUAGUAAAUUGGCCUGUGAAUGAGAGAGAUGAGACUUGAAACAUGGAACUCACUGCCAUCCCUGCAUCUUGUUGUAUGAGUUCCAGAUGGAGCAAUGAGAAACACACUGGGGAUGGAAGGGAACUGGAGGACAAAUUUCUGCAGGCUUAUUAGAAAGCAAAUAGCAGCCCUAAUGGCAUUGUGGUCAUCAACGGUAGACAGAUCUUAGAUCUUUGGAGACUGUCUAAAACUGAGCGCUCUUUGUACGUACUGUGGAAGAACAAGGCAUAUGCAUAAUGUUUUUGUUGUCAGUAUUGACACUGCUUUCAAAAUCCUGAAACAGAUGCUUCAUGAAAGCAGGCUAAGAAAUUUAGGCCACUAAUUGGAACCUGUUCAGCUGGAAUUAGAAAAAUAGUGGUUUAGUGUCCAUAUACCUUUGAUCUUCAGCAGUGCCCCUGAAGCUGAUGCUGCUGAUCUUACUCUGAGUUCCUGAAGAGAUUAAUUCAGGAAAAAGGAGGAAAGUUAUGGUAUGUAUUCUAUUUUGCUCUGUGUUAUCUUGUUGUCUGUUACAACAUUCAGAGAGAGAGAGAGAGAGAAGAGAGAAGGGUUAUGCCUCUGUGCAAUUGUAGAUAGUAUUCAAGAAAUAAAGAGUUGGAAUGAGACACCGAUUUUAAUAAUCCACUUCUCUCUUACUCUGAAGUAUGGUUCUCUGUUAAAUUUAAUGGUCAAGUUCCCUUUCAUUAUUCUAAUUUCUCCAUAUCCCUUGACAAUCUUUUUACCAAAUAAAGAAGAAUCAGAUCUCAAAUAGUCCUUCCUUAGUGAGUGAUAUUAUAUAUCUAUUCUUUUUCUUAACUACUUGAAAAAUGAGAUUGAAUACAUGAUAGAAUCUGACUGAAUUUGGCUGAGGGUAGUAUUGUAACAAUUUACAGUACUAUUCCUGAAAAGCAGUGUUCUGACUGAAUCUAGACUCUAAGCAGAUCAGUUGUGGGUGUAUUUUUUUUUUUUUAAUUUGUGCAUUGUUUGUAAAAUUUGCCACAUUUUUAGGAAUAACCUACUGGCUGAAUUAAUGACCUAUAGAAAUAUACUUUACAUAAAUAUCUUAAAUCUAAAUAUAGGAAGGAGAAACCCCUUUCCAAAUGAGAGUAGAGGUAUUUCAAAAGCAGCAGUAAGUUUUUUUUUUUUUUUUUUUUUUUUUU